GUUGAGAGUGGCUCCUGCUGGUGAGUUACAACAUAACGAACCCAAGUUUCUGUUGCAUCAUGUUCUAUGAAAUUUGAUCUGUGUAAAGGGGUGUGUGGAGCGUGACAGGAAGAAGAAGAACACACAGAUUCUGACUCUGUAAGUGUAAUUACAGCAUGUUACACUCGUCUGCACGAGUCCGGUUUAGAAAAACCAGGAUAUCUUCCCUGGAGUUCCCUCUGUUCACAGGUAGUGUGACGCCACACACGACUCUCCCUCAAAGGUUAAAGGUCGUUGAAGUUAUGUGAACAACAAACAGAGCUGCGUUCCAGCAGAUAGCCCAAUUCUUGAUAACUCGUCUUCCUGCACACAGAUGGAGCAUGUGUCUCUCGCUCCGUUGUCCAGGGUUGCCAUCUGUGGUGGCACCCACGGUAAUGAGAUGACUGGGGUGUACAUCGUAAGAGAAAUGCAGAGGAAAAAAGUGAGCGCUGCCGGCUCUUUUUCCGUGACCCCUGUCCUCACUAAUCCCCGAGCUGUGGACGUUUGCAGAAGAUACACAGACAAGGAUCUCAACCGCUGCUUCACCGAUGCCUUACUGAGUUCUCCUGUGACAGACUCAACACCCUACGAGCUGAAGCGAGCACAGGAGCUGAAUGCUCAGCUGGGACCCAAAGGAGGCAAAGAGGCUGUGGAUCUGCUGGUAGAUCUCCACAACACAACUGCCAACAUGGGCCUGUGCCUCAUCUUCUACUCUCUGGACUGGCUAACCCUGCACUUGCUAAAAUACAUCCAGAAUAAGAUUUCCUCUGUGCCCGUGAGAGCAAUUCAGCUGGAUAUACCCCUCUCUGAUGCUUAUUCUCUGGAGGCGGUGGGCAAACACGGCUUCGCUAUAGAAGUUGGCCCUCAACCCCACGGGGUUCUGAGAGCGGACAUCUUUAAUGUGGCAAAAAAGGCUGUGGAUCUCACUCUGGAGUUCAUUCAGGAGUUCAAUGCUGGGCGAACGUUUGAGGGAGGGGAGGUGGAAGCAUUCACAUUAGUAAAAAGCAUUGAUUAUCCAAGAGACUCUUCUGGAGAAAUUACUGCUGCCAUCCACCCCGAGCUGCAGGACAAUGAUUUUAAGCUUCUACGCCCGGGGGAUCCUUUAUUCCUGUCAUUUUCUGGCGAAACAUUGAUACACGAAGGAGAAGAGCUCUACCCUUUCUUCAUCAAUGAAUGCGCCUACUACGAGAAGAAGGUCGCCUUCCAAUUAGCUCGGAAGACCACCUACUCCUUCCCAUCUGUGAGCGUGGAGAAAGACUAGAGCACAGAGGACCAAAGAGGAUUAUAAAAUAUACUGAACAUUUUAAGUAAAAAAAUGUAUGUACUAGUCACAGAACGUAAUCAAUUAACACAGUUCUCCUGCAAUAAAUCAAUGAUUACAUUAAGACUUGUCUAGUUAGAUGUAUAUUUAACCAAACACCUGCAGUAAUGUAC